GUGCGGCGCGGCGGACGCUCGGUCGGGAGCCGCGGAGCCGGCGCGUCCCGCCCUCGGAACAAUGGGAGCGGGCGCGCGCGGCGGCUGGGCCGCGCUGGUCCUAUGCGCGCUGCUGGUGCUGGCGCUGCUGAAGGCCGCCGUGGACAGCGCGGGCCUGGACGGACCUCCAGACGCAAGGAAGUUGGUGUCUCCAGGAAACGACAGUGCUGACUCAACAGGCAACGCCACCACGGUGACCUCCAGCCACACGGGUGCACCCCCCAACGCGACGAAAGCCCUCACGCCCGCCCUGCCCCAAGUCCUCAGGACACACACUGUCAGCACCUCGACGCCCACAGCAGCACCCGGAUUCACAACACAGGGGGCCUCCCCGAAUACGACCUCCGCCACGCACGUCUCCCACAGCGCGUCCCAGACGCCGUCCACCGCGAGCACGGCCCACAACCGUUCGGCCACCUCUGUGCCUUCACCCGUGACAAUCACAGCAACUAUCAAUUCUAAAGAAAACCCAGGAUCGAAAUUUGAUAUUGGCAGCUUUCUCGGUGGCAUCGUAUUAACCCUGGGAGUCCUGUCGAUUCUGUACUUCGGAUGCAAAACGUACUAUUCACGAAGAGGCAUUCGGUACAGAACCAUCGAUGAACACGAUGCCAUCAUUUAAGGGACUCCGGGCACCAAUGGGAAGAUCAAUACAGCCCUACCGAUGAAUUUGGAGGAUUCUCCUUGGAAACCGUAUACGCAUGUAAAGAUGCCUCAGGAUUACUGAAGAUAGAGUUUGGUUUCGGUUGUUAAAUGAGCAUUUUCAGUGGUUACAGUCACUUCUAAAAACACACAGACCAGUGCCGUUCUCCUUCUUGUGGUCUUGGUCACGCCGGGGGAGUAACUCACUGUGACGGCACGUACUGACGACGACACAGACCUUCACUGCUCCCCAGAGCCGGCUCUGCUCUAAAGCCACACCGCAGAAAUUCCGAGUAAAUCAGGUCUCCGACAUAACUUUAGUUUUAAAGCUUCACGCUUGGGUGAGAAAUAAAAUGCACCACCCCGCCCCCAGCACGAGAACGUGUGGCUGAGCCCUGUUAGAGCUGUGUCAUCCUUACAGCUUCUGUGGCACGUAGUCUGUCUUUUCCCUCUCUCAUGUCUGCACGUCGUAGCAGCGUGUUCACGAUCUCGUCCGCGUACCUUCCUACCGUGAGUGUUGCCACUGCUGGAAACUGCGCUGUUUCAUACGCACCAGUUAACUGUAGGUUGAGUUGUAGGAUGGUUUAAUGUAGUGUAAACAUACUAACAUAAGCCCCUGUGGGAUUUCUCUAGAGUUCUAGAAGGCUGUGUGGAUCGAUCCAGGGAUCGGAGGGCACCCCUCAGGCUACUGACCUACAGGAAGAUGCUGUAUUUUUGUGCACUGUUGAUUUUAUCUGAUUUGGGGAUAUACUAAAAAACCUUUAUUCCAAAUACAAAUCCUUAAGCAAUUUUUAAGACCAGAAAC